AAUUGUCUGCAUAUAAUUCAAUUCAAUUGAAUUUAUAUAUAUCUAUAAACAACUGGUUAAAAGCCAUACCAAUAAUACUGCUAAUAAUAAUAAUAAUACCCCACAGUAUUGAUGAUCAGUAAAUCUAAUAACAUUUGCGGGACAGUAGUAGUAGUAGUGGCGAUGGUUUGGCCAUCGGUGGUACUGAUACUACUGUUACUAGUGUUAAGUGAUGACCACCAUAUCGGCGGCGGCGGCGGCGGCGGCAGCGGACAGGUAUCGGCAGCGCCAGCCAAGGGUAUCAUGUGUCCGACCGAAGCCGGUAAUGAUAAGACCGAACAAAACAUUAUAUGGGAAGCGUUAAGCUGUACCCGUAGUAAAUGGGAAACGCCUACUACUACCGGAUCCGAUCAACAAACCCGUGCCCUUAGACUAUGUUGUAGUCGUGUCGAUGAAAUCCAAAUGAGAUAUCAAUUGUUUUACAAACUGUGCAAAAUUAUAUCACCAAACGAUGCCAACCAAACCUAUUAUAUCAAUCUAUUAGAUCGUCAAAAACAAUGCAAAGAUGAUGAACAUAUAGACUAUGAUAAGUUACAGUGCGAUAAACAACCGGUCGAUUUGGACAGCGAUGGCUGUCUGUAUUAUAGACAAUAUAUUAUGAAUGAAACGAUAGCGACAACAACGACACCGAUUACUACCGUUCCCGUUGAUACCACUGAUAGCAGCAGCAGCACUGGUAGUGGUGGUGGUAGUGGUACCAGUAUUGACAAUACAAUAACAACAACAGUAGUGCCACACAAUACCACCGGUGUUGAUACUGACACCAACACUACCAUCAUUACCAUCACCACAACCACUACUACUAGUGAUAAUACUAUGACAUACAGUGACAACAAAACCAUACAGUCAUCUACUGCUGGUGGAGGAGGAACUGACAAACCAAUGACUACAACAACAACGACAACAACAACAACGAUGACCACUAAAGACAAGUCGUCGUGGAGUAUAACAUGGAUUUUGUUAAUCAUUUUCCUGAUACCUGUUGUAAUCGCAUUGAUAGCCGCAAUCGGCAUAUACUAUAUGAAACGAUCGGCCAAACGUAGUGACAAACAGUUGUCGUCUAAAAAACCGCCGCCGAAGCCGACUACGGCUACUGGCCAGAGACCGACACCGGUUGCGGCUACACCACAGUCGGUAGCGGCACAACCGGUAGCGGCUCCACCACAGUCGGUAGCGGCACCUGUAACAUCUAAAACAACUGUCCCCUCUAGCAAUGUUAAUACGGCUACCAGUGCUGUCGCCAACAAGUCUAGCGAUUCCGCUGUCGAUAUCCUUAGCAAAACAGAUUCCGAUCAAUCAAUUUGA